AUGGAAGAAACGCCGUCUGGAAACGUUGAGCAAGCACAGCUGCCUAUAGCAGGAUCGCCUUUACCAGUUAAAACAAAAAGUAAGAGAUCUAAAUGGGAGUCAGAAAGCGAAAAUGAAGAUGCUGGAGUACAGCGCAAGGCAGGGAAGAAAAAACGCGGAUCUAAAAAAACAAAAGUUGAAAACGAAGAGGAAGCUAGUACUCUCAGCGAUGCUGACGAGGCUAACCAGAAAAAAAAGCAAACAGUUGAUGAAACUCAAACACUUGAAGUUUCUCAAUCUCCUGCACUGAACACAAGCACGCCGCCUGCAUUCGAGAAUGCCACAGAAACCAUGGAAGAAUCGCCUGUACCUCAGCGAGAUCAAGCGGAUCAGUCGGCCAGCGAAAAAGCUGUAAUGCCCCGAAAACCAAAGCCACCAAUACUUACUGGCUGUCGCAGUGUAGAUAAUUAUGAGAAACUGAAUAGGAUAGAAGAGGGUGCCUAUGGCGUGGUAUAUCGAGCAAGAGAUAGAGCUACAGGAGAAAUAGUGGCAUUGAAAAAAUUAAAAUUAGACAAGGAAAAGAAUGGAUUUCCGAUAACUUCUUUGAGAGAAGUGAAGACACUACUACAAGCAAAACACCCUAACAUUGUGAACGUUCGUGAGAUUGUGGUUGGAGAGACUUUGACGCAAAUAUUUAUUGUAAUGGACUUUGUUGAGCAUGAUUUGAAAAGUUUGAUGGAAGAUAUGCAAAGCCCUUUUCUACAAUCUGAAGUCAAAACUAUAAUGAUUCAACUGUUGUCUGCUGUUGCUACUUUACAUGACAAUUGGAUUAUUCAUCGUGAUCUGAAAACAUCGAAUCUGCUUUUGAAUAAUCGAGGGCAAAUUAAGGUCGCAGAUUUCGGUCUUGCGAGAUCAUACGGCAGUCCUCUUGGUCCCAUGACUGAUGUUGUUGUUACUUUAUGGUAUAGGGCACCCGAAUUGUUGCUCGGGUCAAAGACGUAUUCGACUGCAAUUGACAUGUGGUCAGUUGGUUGCAUAUUCGGAGAGUUGGUCAAUAAAGAACCUGUGUUGCCUGGUAGAACUGAAAUCGAUCAAUUAGACAAGAUAUUCAGGUUACUAGGGAUGCCUAAUGAAAAAAUAUGGCCUGGUUUCUCCAAAUUACCAAAUGCCAAAAAUAUUACUCACAGCACUCUAAGAAGUCGGUUUCCAUAUUUGACCGAGAAUGGGAUCGACCUAAUGUCGAAAUUGCUCACAUAUGAUCCAGCCAAGCGAAUUACUGCAGAAAAAGCAUUAAAACAUCCAUAUUUCAUGGAAAGCCCGUUGCCAAAGGAUUCAGAACUUUUUCCUAGUUUUCCUUCAAAGGGUGCAGGGGAGCGAUCCAACAAUGCCUAUCUGAUAUGA